AUCCAAGGGUUGUCUCAGGGACUUUUGCACGGGCGGACUUCCUUUCGCUCCGACAUCUUGACAAGGAAACAUGCCUCCUAAGCCGGAUAAGAAAAAGGACGCUGGGAAGUCCAAGAAGGACAAGGACCCAGUCAACAAGUCUGGAGGCAAGGCUAAGAAGAAGAAGUGGUCCAAGGGAAAAGUGAGGGACAAGCUCAAUAACUUGGUCCUCUUCGACAAGGCAACCUACGAAAAGUUGUACAAAGAAGUGCCCAACUACAAGCUCAUCACCCCUGCUGUUGUGUCAGAAAGGCUGAAGAUCCGUGGCUCUCUAGCCAGGAACGCCCUCCAAGAACUGCUUGCUAAAGGCAUGAUCAAACUGGUGUCCAAACACAGAGCGCAGCUGAUUUACACACGUAACACCAAGGGUGGAGACGAGGAGGCAGCAGCAGAGAAAGCUUGAUCAGGUCUCCUGUUUCCUGUGAUCUGUUUGUAAUGACGGUGUAAUAAAAAAUGUAAAGACAA